GCCAGCGGGGGAGGGGCGAGCCGGCCGGAGGCCUCGAACUCGGCGCCUGGCCCCGAGGUUCCCCCAGUAACGGUCCGGGUGGAGAAGGCCUUUUAAUAAUUCUUCAUCCAAUAACCUUGUUUUUACAGAAGGGGAAACUGAGGCCCAAAGAAUUUGGGGUACUUUUGUUACCUCUGCAGCUUCUUCUCCCCCUGCCCAGCUCCACCCUCCAUUUGUGGGGCAGGGAACCUGGAUCCUCCCCCUUUCCUGGGGACCACCCUGUUACACUUUUCCUAAAGUCACUAAGCUGAGUCCAACCCACACCCUGACACCCCUACUUUCUCCACCACCUGGAAGACUUUCCCCAUCCUAGUCUUCCCCUUCUGUCCUGGCUUCCUAGUAAGGAAACUACCUAUCCUGCAGGAUAGGUUUUCAUACCUUGACAAGGGAGCAGAUGAGGCAUUCUUCAUGGCGCUCUGCACCCUGCUUCCAGCCCUGUGAAAUCAGCUCAGUGGGAGUCCUGGAACAGACAGGCCUGCACUGGUGAGGGAAUUCCAGAAGGGCUGGGGAGAGGCUGGACAGCUUUGUCUUAUGGACAAGGGAACAAGCACAUUUGAGUGUGGAAUAGCUAGGCUGAAGCAGCUGCCCCCCACUGUUAAAGUCUCCUCUUUUUUAAAAGAUUUAUUUAUGCAUAGAACUGGGGUGUAGGUCAGAGGUUCGGAGUAGGGAGGUGGUGAGAGAAUUCAUCAGAGACAUAAUGGGGAGCAGAACAGGCAGAUUUGCUGAAAUACACUGCUAAGGGGAGCAGUCGGUGUGACAGGAGAGGUCUGCUGUGCCGUAUGUGGGUCAGCUCCCUGGCAGGGGAUCGAACUCAGGCUGCAGUGGUGAGAGCAUGUUAGCGCUGAAACUUAACCCCUUGCCACCAGGGAGGCCCCGUGAAGUCUCCUCUUGUUGGGCCACCUGGUGGCCCAACAAUUAGCCAGGCUGGCUAAUUUAUUGAGUAGGAGCUUGGGACUGGACCCUGCUUUUACCCAUUCCUUUUUCUCAUCCUAUGAGAUAUUUUUAACCCCCAUUUUACACAUGAUGGAGAGACUCAGAAGUUGGGAAACUUGCCCAGGGAUAUACAGCAGGGAGUAGGUACUGCAAACUUCCUGUGAAAAGAGCUAGGGCCAGAGAUGCUGUGGUCAGGGCUGGAGGAACGGGUUGUCUCAGUUGGCUGUCACUUUGUCUAUGCUCGUGGUGUGGGACUCCUCCUUUUAGCUCUUUAACCUUUCUGCUCCUCCCACUCCCCAAUUUGCUUGCACAUUGGCCUCAUCCCUCUGGGUCAUCUAGAAAAGGGGAAGGUGGCUAGCCUAUAGCCCCAAGAAAGAGGGAGACUGAGGAAAACUAAAGAAAGCCCUGAGUUUGCCCUGGGGGUUUGCACGCCUGUCUUUUGGGAGUCCAGGGCCUCAGUUCAACUUUCCCGGUCCUAUACCUCCCUGCCCAGGCACCUAGUCAGGACCUAUCAGCACUCAGCCCUUUUGACCUGGCACCUGCUUGUCCUCAGAUGUAAGUAGAUGGGAUGGCUAAGAAUAUGGUUAGGAUCUGAGCAAUCUGAUUCUGGGUCUCCCUCUGCAGCCUCAGUUUCUCUUUCUAUAAAAUAGGGCUGUUGUUAGGGUAGUUGAAAGGAAGUCAGAUUAAAAAAAAAAGCAAUGACAACUGUUACUGUUUUCCUUUACCCCUAGCACACAGCCCCAAGAGCACCCGUGACCACCUUCAGCCAAGCUAUGCAUGCCAGAGACCACCCUGGCCUACUGUGCCCGGCACUACCUUUUGCCUCUUCAGUCCUGAUGCUGCUGAUGAGUAGCCUGUGGCUGAUAGGGGCAGGCCCCAGCCUUGCCCUGGCCCCGGAGCUGCUGCUGGACCCCUGGCAGGUGCACCGGCUACUGACCCAUGCCCUGGGUCACACGGCCCUACCAGGCCUACUCCUGAGUCUGCUGCUCCUGCCUACACUGGGCUGGCGGCAGGAGUGUCACCUGGGCACGCUGAGGUUCCUGCAUGCCUCUGCCCUGCUCGCCUUGGCCACUGGGCUGAUGGCUAUGCUGUUGGCAGGCCUUGGGGCAUCCAGCGCAGCUGGUGGCUGUGGAUACAUGCCUGUCCACCUGGCCAUGUUGGCGGGGCAAAGUAACUGCCCUAGACAGCCCCAUGGGGUACUGCCACCAUGGCUGCUGCCGUGGCUGCUGCUCGCCCUGACACCGCUGCUCAGCUCUGAGCCACCCUUCCUGCAGCUCUUCUGUGGCCUCCUUUCUGGCUUGGCCUAUGCAGCUGGGGCCUUCUGGUGGCUGGAGCCCUCGGAGCAGCGGCUGCAGGUGCUACAAGAGGGCAUCUUCUGCAGGACCCUGGCCGGAUGGUGGCCACUCAGGUUCCUUCCCACCCCAGGAAGCCUGGCUGAGCUGCCUGUCACCCAUCCUGCCGCAGUGAGGCCGCCUACCCUUGGACCUCCUAACAUGGCCUCCUCUAGCCUCUGGUCCCAAGGAGGAGGUUCAGCCCCAUACCCACCAGGUCUGGAACCUGUGCAGCACACCUGGGAGGGCUCAUCAGAGCUGGGCCUGGCCUGGGCCGGGCCCAGCUUCCCCCCAGGGACCCCUCUGUGGGCAGCCUUGGAUGACCAGAUGCUACAAGAAGGGAUCCAAGCCUCACUCCUUGAGGGGCCUGCGCAGGGACUGGAAAGCCCACUAUGGCUGCCUAAGUCUUCGGUUUCCUCUCUGCGGCUGCAGCAGCUGGAGCGCAUGGGCUUCCCCACAGAGCAGGCAGUGGUGGCACUGGCAGCCACAGGUCGUGUGGAAGGCGCUGUGACACUGCUGGUUGGGGGGCAGGUGGGCGCUGAGACCUUGGUGACUGAAGGGAAGGGUGGAUCUGCCCAUCCCGAGGGUCCUGGACCCCCCUAGCACUGGCAGAUCCUUAGGGACAAAAGGCCUGACCUGCAGGUGUAUAGCCAAGCCCCUGCCCUGUCUCCUGAGAGACCCCCUGGGGUGCAGGGGGACCUCUGGAGGAGCAGGAGAGGACCCUUCAGCAGCCCACUCUGGUACUAUUAAGAAUAAAAAACAAUUCACUUUUCAACCUGGACCUCCUUGGGGCAGCAGUUGUUUCUGACUCUUCUGUGUUGGCAUCAGAGGGAUGAGUGAGCAGUGAACAGUUCACCAACUGCGGGAGAGCAGCUUCCUGACAUCCAGAGACAUGAUGUCACUGUCCCCACACCUCCUACAAGAAGCUGAGCCCUCCACCGCGGAGUGUUUGCUGGGCUGGACCCUCUUGCCAAGGCUCCUUCUUCGUUGCUGUUUCCCAGCACUGCUGGGUCCCCUGGGCAGGAAGCAAUGGGCGGGAGUGCAGUGGGGGAGCUUCCUCAGCUUUGAAGCAGCAGCUCCUCCUUCCUGGCCCCCUCUCUGUUCUUGCCCCCUGCCCAGGGAGGGGAGGUAGACUGGAGCCAGGAGGGCAGAGGGGGUGGGGGGUUGAAGAAGCUGGACUUUGAAGGGUGGAGCAGGGAGCCUCAUGUCCUGGAGCAGUCUGCACUCUGGGCUUCUGUGGGGGCUGUAUCCCAGCCAGGGCCACAGUGGAGGGGCCACAGCCAGCCACCUUGCCACUUACGUUGUCACUGGUUGGGGGCCAGAAACACACUAGAAAAUCUGAGUCACGCCAUCAGUUUCCUUUUAUAGGUGAGAAGGAAGCUGCCCCAAGUUCUGGCAGCUCCUUGCUCCCCGGCUGACUUUAUUUGAGGAUAGGGACUCAAGCUGCAGCCAUUGGUGGACACCUGGCAAGGGGGAGUCUAGUCUCUGUUCUCACCCAUGGCCCAGCUGCUCAGGGGACUCCUGGCGCCCUCAGCCUGUGCAGGCCAGCCUAUUGCCCAGCUUUGCAGGUGGGCAAUGAAGGCCACUAAAAGGGAAAAAGCUCCUAACCCUGCCCAGCUGUCCCCAUUUAAGCAUACACGGAGACCAGGCUGGGGGCCUUUAUUGGCCGGUACAUGUUUAUCUCCUGGUGUCACACACUUUUGUGGGAACAGGUGGCUCCUCUCCCACUCAGGACAUGGGAGGGGCAAGGGACUCGGGAUAGAACUGAGGCAAGGAGUCUUUGCAGGUCAGGUCAGAUCAGGCAGCUUGACUUUAGGGUCAGGGACCCAGCACCAGAAAAUGAGAAGAGAAGGGGAGGUCAUUAUCCCUGCACAUGCUGAAAGUGGUGGAGCAGAAUCCCUCUGCUUUGAGGACCAGGAUCCUACCUGCACUCCCUCCCUGCAGGCCUGCCUCACUGCAUUUCACAGAGGGAAACAGGCCCAGCGCCGUAAGCAAGGCCUUAGGCCUCUCCCUCCCUCUCAGGCGUCAGUCCAUGAUCUCCCUCAUAUGAGGCAGGAGCAGAUGCGUCCAGGAUGCCAGAACCAAUCUGUUUACCCCACAGGCCUAGAUGGCAGAAGGGACCCUGAGGAGAUUAAUAAAUAGGGAUGGGCAGUCCUGGGAGGCAGCUGGCCAAGUUCAGGCUGGGCAUGGAAGCUUGGCCUGGCCCACCCUGAGGGGCCACCACCACCCUCAGCCUCUCUCGUGGUGGCUCCUGGGGGCCACAAUCCGGUAGUUGGCUGUGUGUCUUCCCCUCUUGCCCCGCAGGAGGCUGGGGGUGUCUGUGCUGGCAGGGCCUGUCCCCGACCCUUCUGGUUCUGCCGGAAGGAAGGAGAGAAAACUGGGUUAGCGAGGUCUAUGUAUGGUGGCCACCUCCCGUUGGCCCUUUGGGGAGUGGGGGUCUGCCCUGGAGUCCGGAAGGCAGAGCUGUGAGAAAGAAGGGGGUUGUCUGCAAGCUGGUUAGUGCACCCCUCCACAAGUUAUCAGCCCCCAACCCAAUGAGAGUACUCAGGGCCUCUAUUUGAUUUUCUGCCAAGUGAGGAUAAAUAAACCCAUCAUGUUUCUGAAGUUCUUAGAAUGUAGUGAAUGUCCCAUAAAAGUACCGUUCUUUUUUUCUUUUCCACAUUUUGGGAUGGAGGUGUGUCCUGAACCAUUCCCAUUUCAUAGUCAGGAAAACUAAGAUGAGGGAGAGAGGAAUUUUUCUUCCUCCUGCCUUGGGUUAGGCCAUCUAUAUAGUGGGGAAGGGUUUAGUCUGGCUCUGCCACUGACCUGUGUGGCUUUGGGCAAGUUAACAUUCUGUGAGGACCUCAGUUGUCUCAUCUCUAAAACCAGAGGCACAGUUCUAGACACACUCUAAGGUCCUGGCCAAAUCCAAUACUUAUUGAAGUCAGUUCCAAUUUGGCUGUGGUGAGAUAAGCCCCUGAAAAUAAGUUGACCCACAAUGGUGAAACUGAAUAAAUGGCAUUCUUACAUCUGGAAAACUCCUAUGCAUCCUUCAAAACCCAAUUAGAACUUCUAAGAAUCUGUCUAUGACUAUCCCCCCAAUCCUUCUCAAAGUUAAAAUGAGCAGGUCAGGCAGGUCAGAAGGAUGGGUUGUUUUCUAGAGGAAGAAGAUGGGUUGUUUCACAGGAUGGAUAUCUUAGCUGAGCCUCCAAAACCAUAUUCACAGGAUAGAUGCACAGAUUCUAGUAAAGUGCCAUCUUCCCCUGCGGGCACAGCCAGGGGAAUAGGCUAUACUUCAUUUUCAUAAUUGUCCAGUGUCCUGACCCCGUGUGCCAUAGCCCCCUGGGCACCUCCGGGCUGUGAUUCUAGGACAGCCCAGACAUGUGUGGUCAGUCAAGGGAUAUUUCUUUGCCCUAAAUCAGGAAGUAGGGGAGUGGAAGAGGAGGGUGGCAUAGAGCAGGAGCUCCAGCAUCACUGAGGGCCAGAUGCUGGGCCCACCAUGUCCCGGUUAUAAGGCCUCAGGCAAGUCACAGAACCUCUGAGCCUCAUCUGGAACAUGAAGAUAAUACUAUGUCACACACUUGCAGUAAGUUUUUAAGAUGACCAGCAGUAGAAAGUGGUUUUCGUAGAAACUACUACUAGAUGAUUAUUACGGUCACUGAAUUGGUGUGCUUUCAACCCAGGCUUGUAGGUCUGUCCAUCAUAAGUCAGUCAUGAGGUGCUGUUCUGACAUGAUCAGAUUUGGGGCCUGGGUUUCUCUGGGUACCCUGAGUGCCUGGCUGAGUGGGUAUGUCAGUGAACCUUUGUUUAUGGAGCCAAAAGCACUAUCACUUUAUAGAGGGCAGAUCUAAAUUUAGGGUAGAUUCCCGGCCUGACUGCUACUAUGCCUCUGGCCCUGAGGGAAACAUGUGAGCCCUCUGAACCUCUCUAUCUUCCUCAGUAAAAUGGGCAUGGUAUUGCCCACCUAGCAAGCUUGUUGUAAGGACUGGGGAUGAUCAAUGUAAAUCCCCCAGCCCAGAUGGGCCAGAUGUGUGGCAGUUUGGCAGCUGUUACUGUUAUCAUCAUUAUUGACUAUGACCAAAUAUGAGCCCCUGCUGGGUCUUUAGUUUGUACUUGCUGUGUAUGAUGGGCCAGUGAAGAAAGUUCUAUUUCCUUUUUUGCUAUCCUCUUUACCCCCCAAGGACCCAUAAUCCCAGCAGGCUUGCGGGGCCUUCCCAGGUGACUGGCUCUUCCUCCUUGGGGUGCCAGAGACAGAGCCAGCUGGUGGGGCAGAGAUCCAAGGCCAGGCAUGUGUCUCUUCUGGCUUCUGCCCAAAUCCUCUUGAGAGAGGUGGGGCAUGACUGAAAAGGUAUGCCGAGAGCCUGGGAUUUGGUCCGUGGUCCACCCUUGUGAGUGGGGAGGUGGUCUGGUUGAUGGUCACUGGUGUUACUGUACAUUAGAGAAGCCAGGUGGCAUGGUGGGAGGAAUUUUGGAAGCGAACCACACACAUGCCUUCCACCCUCCAGGCCUUUACCCCUGCAGUUCUGUUCAUCAGGGUUGCCCUUCCCACCCGCCCUUCCUGACACACUCAAGUAUCUUCCAUGACCCAUGCAGUGUCCCGUCUUUUGGGAAGUCUUCUUUACCCCACAGUGAGAAGUGACUGCUCCUCACCUACACUCUUUGGUGCUCCUGUACCCCAAGGCCUUCAUCUCUAUGAGUAUUGAAUAUGCCACUCAUCGGGCAGCUCCCCAAACUAGGUUCUCUUGGGAUCUGCCCCAGUACCUGCCCAGACCUGGCACUCGGUCUAUAUUGCAGCUUUGCUGAAUGAAGGAGGCCUGCCUCUCAACGGGGCCCGCCUUCCAGUGUGGGGCCUCGGUCUCCCCAGAUGUAAAAUAGACAGGAAGUUGGACAUGAUGUCCACGGCCUGUGUAUACUGAUGCACUAGGACUGGGCUGUGGGAUGGAGCAGCUGUAGGUGGGAAAAGUGUGGCUGUUGCAGCCUCUUAUUGGGUAGGUGAGAAAAAGGGCUCAGCCCUAAGGGCAGCCAAUCCCUUCCUUUCCCCAGGGCCAGUCACAGGCUCCAGUUGAAUGGGGGGGAGACCUCCUUAGUCUCACCAUGAUGAUGCAGGCACAGAGACAGUACUUCCCACUUGGUGUUAAUCUUCCUAAGGCCCCCCGCCCCCAACCACCGCAACCUGCCUUUGAGGACAUUCUCACACUGGGCCUAGAUCCACUAGUCUUAGAUCUUACUCCACAGCAACCUCAUAGACAGUCCCUUAGGUUCUUUUUGACCUCUUGGCUUUUGCUCAGGAUGUUCAUCUGCCUCUUCUCUCACCCCUAGUCCUUGCUCUUCAGGUCUCUACUUAGGGAACACCACUUCCAGGAAGCUUUCCCUGAGACGUCCUCCUUCAUCUUCCUGCCUGGGUCAGGUGCACUUCUAUGCUCUCAUGGUUGCCUAUCUCACCUAGGAUUUAAAAGCCAGUGGUUCCCCUAGUACCCCCAUAUUCUCAACUCCAUGAGAGUAGGACUAUGUCUGUUUUAUCUAUUGGAGGUUAUAUAGCCAGCAAGGGGCCUGGCACGGAAAGGAGCACAUUCAUUCAAGAACUAGUUAUCAGAGCCUUCUCUGUGCCAGGCACUGUCUACUGGCAAAUGGAAAGACAGAGAAGGAGGAGUCCCUGGCCUGGGGCCAGCAUUGGGAGGCACUGUCUGUAUCCCCAGGCCCUUCCCAGGCCCUUUCUGAAAGGGGCUGCCCCUGCCUGCCCACCCUGCCAUUACCUGGCCAGAUGAUGGCUUCCAGCAGGGUGACCCGUCUGGCCAGGAGCUCCAGCUGA